ACGUUCACUGCUUACAGAUGACGCGCGGAUCUUCCUCGGUAAUUGCGAAUUCGCCUUACGAUUGCGUUACGUGUGCACGGAUCUCCUUCGUGGGUUUCCGCAUACGGAAGCGAAGAGCUUUUUGUGAUUUCGUGGAAAUUAUUUUCGGAACCAGUGGGGUCCAAUAUCCAACAACAAUGUUCAGCAAUCGUCUGUCAACAAUCCUGCGGUUGGCUGCGCAGGAUCAGCAAUGGCAACCACAGAGAGGAAUGGCCACUCUCAAGACUAUCUCUUUGCGUCUAAAGUCAGUCAAGAAUAUCCAAAAGAUCACGCAAUCCAUGAAGAUGGUGUCGGCCGCCAAGUACAAUCGUGCAGAACGUGACUUGAGGCAGGCUCGUCCUCUCGGCGUUGGCACAAAGACGUUUUACGAACAGGCUGAGAUCCAAGCGCCACCAGAGGAUCCGAAAAAGCUCGUCAUUGCCGUGACUAGCGAUCGUGGUCUAUGCGGCGCCGUGCACACUGGGGUAUCUCGUAACAUUCGCGAUCGGUUGCUGGCUGAUCCCAAGGAACGCGAGAACACAAAGAUUAUAUGCAUCGGUGAAAAAUCCCGGGCGAUCCUGCAACGACUAUUUGCGAACAAUAUACUUUUUGUCGCAUCCGAGGUUGGCCGUAAGCCGCCGACAUUCAACGAUGCAGCCAAAAUAGCGAUAGAAGUAAUGAAUAGUGGUUAUUCCUUUGGUUCCGGACGUAUAGUGUACAACAAAUUUAAAUCUGUGGUGUCAUAUGCGGUUAAUGAUUUGCCACUGUUCGAUAAAAACACGGUGGUUACCGCACCAAAGCUAUCAGUGUACGACUCACUUGACGAGGAGGUGAUACAAAGCUAUUUGGAGUUCUCGCUUGCCUCAUUGUUGUUUUAUUCAAUGAAAGAAGGUGCUUGCAGCGAACAAUCCAGUCGUAUGACAGCGAUGGACAAUGCCACCAAGAACGCCGGCGAGAUGAUUGACAAACUCACUCUCACUUUCAAUCGCACUCGGCAGGCUGUGAUCACUAGAGAAUUGAUUGAAAUUAUUUCCGGUGCCGCAGCUUUGGAAUAAGAAUAUCCUGGAGGAUAAUUAGUUUCUCAAUUUCUAGUGCAGGCAAAUAGAAUGAGAAUGUAUUGUUGGAAAAAGAAGAAAAACGAGAGGAGAAAAGUUCGUUAUGCUGGCGAAAGAUGAAAUUCUCGAUCGACUUGGAUGGUGUUCGAUCACGAACACCAAGAACUUUACAAAUUUAACAUUAUUUAUAUGUCCAAGCUGUUCAAUAAAUCGAUCAAAUUAAAAAAAA